UUACCAUCAGAGUAGCGAUGGAUGCAACGACAGCGCUUGAACAAUUGCAGCAACCGCAGACUCUCUCCAUCGUCAACCUCUCGGAAGCCAUUCUCAACGCAGCACUUACAGCACAAUCGCAAAAGACAGACUCACAACGGUCUUCCACUUCCUUCGCAGACCCGAAAGCGCAGACGCCCUCUACCCUCGCAGCAGAUCUCACACAUUACCAAGAAUUGUUCUCGAAAUUGCGCUUCAGCUAUGUCGAACAAGUCACCAAAGAGCGUUUCUUACGUGCUGUCGUGGCAGACCAGCCGGAGUUUGUGACGGCAGCAGAGAAUGCAGAACUUGAAGAGGCAUUGAAGGGCGACAAGGAAGCGCUGAAGCAAAAGAAGGCUGAAGUCAGGGACAUGAUAGGCGAGCUGGAAGAGCAGGGACGCAUGCUUGCGAGAAGAUACGAGCAGAUCAGUUUGCAGACCGCGCAACUCGAGACAUUGCCCGUUGAGAUUGAGAACCUACAGGCGACUGUCGAGCAGCUGCGCCAAAAGCAGGCACCGCGAUCUGCGAAUCCAGAAAUGGCCAUGCCACUACGGCCGACACUAGAUCUUUUGCAGGAGCGCGAACAAGAACUGCAAAGCAUAGAUCUCGAGAUUGAGCGACUUCAAGCGGCACUUCCUGCCAAGAAAGCCGAAGUGCUGCGUCUGCAAGACGAGCUGGCACCAAUCCAGAUGCGAAAGAUUAAAGCCGUCGAAGAGGCGAAGGAGGCACGGCGAAGACGCGAAAAUGGCGGUAUGGCUGACGAGUUGGAAGAAAAGGGUCGUUGGCUACGGGGCGUCGAAACAACCAUGAAGGCUAUGCUGGAGAUAUGAUUAGCACGACGCAUCAGAGCUCUGUCUUGAGCAUUUCUAAGACUCCAGGCAGCGACC